AUGAACCCCCUCCUCAUCAUCGGGAUCCUGCUCGGGCCCCUGCUUGGAGCUGCCUUGGGUAAGGGCACUGCCAGACACCUUCUGCUGGCCAGCUCCUCUGUGAGCCCAGGUCCAGCGGCGUCUUCUCUCCUGCCAGGAAACCGUAUGGGGUGCUAUGACUGCGGGGGAGGCCCCAGCAGCCCCUGCAAAGAGACUGUGACCACCUGUGGUGAGGGCAAGCACUGUGGCUUCCUGGAGCACAAACCCCAGCCAGGCCUGGGACAGAGCAAGCUGUCUGAAAAAUCCUCAGUGACCUUCACUCGUCACCACCCAGCCUGCGUGGCAGCCCAUCAUUGCAAUCAAGUGGAAACAGAGUUGGUGGGAGACAUGACUUACACAAACCAUAGGGACUGCUGUGUCGGAGACCUGUGCAACGGCGCAGUGGCGAGCACUGCAGCCCCAGCAUGCAUCCUGGCUGCUGCCUUCACUGCCUUGGCCUCGCUCCUGCCUGCACUGUGGAGAGGGCAGUUGGAGUAGGGGAAAGGGAGGGAGCAAGGGAAUGGAGAUGAGGUGAGAAGAUAAACACUCCUCCAUGAUCCAUUAA